AUUGAUUAUCUUUUGUUAUCAAAAAAAAAAUAGUUAAAUUUGUAAUUAAUAUUAAUUAAUUGUGUUUUUUAAUCAUAAUCUUCAAGUUAAAAAAUUGAUAAUAUGUCCUUCCAAUAAAGUUCAAAAGAAAAUAGGCUUAAUACAUCAAAUUUAUAGAAUGGAAAAAAUUAAAAAAGCUAGGAAGAUGGAUUCUUUAGCGAAGUGCAAAGUUUGUUUGCAGAAAUUUAAAAAAACAUUUAGAUAUAAAACUAUGGAGAUUGCUGUAAUGUAGAAGAAAACAAUCAAAUUAUUCAAGAGAACGAAAAGCUAAUGAAAAAAAUAAAAAAUAUUUUAUAACAAGAGAUAGCCAGAGAUAAAAAAAACCAAAAUAAAGGAUAUAUACUGUAGUGCGAAAAGUAGUUAUAAAUGUUUCAAAAAAAAAUAAAUGCUUCAAAGUAAAAACUUCAAGAAUUAAUAAGAUAGUAGCACUAAGAAGCAGAAGAUGAUGAAGAAAAUGGUUUUUUAUAGGAAAAAUAAGUUAUGAAUGACAUGGAUUUUAUUUUAUACGAAGAAACAUUAGAUUAAAGAAAAGAGAGAAUGGAAAAUGCACAUAGAUAAAUGAGAGCUGUUCAUACUAUCUAUUAGCAAAUAGAUAAUAUAACUGCAUAAUAAAGUUAGUAAUUAAAGGUAAUAGAUGGACAUAUUGAAAGCACUUUCUCAAAUACAAAAGAUACAAAUAAAGAAUUAGUUAGAGCAAAAUAAAAUCUUGAUAAAAAGAACAAAAACAAUUUUAAUAUGCUAUUUAUCUUAAUAGUAGUUUUAGUGGUUAUGAUUAUCUUUAUAAGUUAUAAAUGA